GGCUCGCGCACGAGAGCAAUCCGUGUAUUUGUGUGUCUCAUAGGCCGGGAAUGUGAGCGAGAGGCGACAAUAAUGGGGAAUAACCGGGACCCCGGUGCUCUGGAGUGGACACAACGACUGGACGGUGAUCAUCAAGGGGGUUAACGUGAAGAUCAGCCAUCCCCAGAGGGUUUUACACUGAUUUGGCGAGGCUUGAUGGAUUAUUUUGGGCUUAAUGAUCAAAUGAUUGCCGCCGGAGACCAAAUAAAACGCAUAUAAUCAUACUGGAUACGAUUUAUCCAUUUCCAUGGCGUUAUCACCCACCCAGAGCCAAGCAGGUCACCUGGACCCAGGACUAAAGCGGGCUCGCCGGGUCUAAAGCGCUCGAUCUGUCGUGAUUGAGGCGAUGUUCGCGUCUUGCCUCGAUCUGCGCAGCGCGAUUUCAGCACCACCGCAGCUGGACAGCGACCGCAUGGAACGAGCGCUCGAUCCCAGCCGCCAAAACUCGCCAGACUCCGCAGCGGAAGACCAGACCCUCACGCUGCUACACACCGCGCCCGGGGGGCUCGGCAUGGCUCUGGAGGAGGAGCUGGCCAUGCUCACCCGCGAGCGGGACGAGGAUCUGGAAGUAUCCGCCUCAGAGACACCUGUGAGCGGACAGAACUCUGACCUACUGUCGCUCUACCGGCAGAAGGAGAAGGACUUGGUCCUCGCUGCUAAACUGGGCAAAGCUCUACUUGAACGAAACCAAGACCUCACAAAGCAAUAUGACAAAAUGACCAAGGAUUUAAAUGACAAACUGGAGCUCCUGGAGCAGGAGAAGCACGAGCUGCGACGGCGUUUGGAGAGUCGUGAGGGCGAGUGGGAAGGCCGGGUGGCCGAACUGGAGACAGAUGUGCAACACCUGCAGGGGGAGCUGGAGAGACAUCAGGUUCAGCUGCGAGAGGCCGACCGAGACAAGAGCCGAGCCAUCAGCGAACUGUCCGAACAAAACCAUCGACUGCUGGAGCAGCUCAACAGGGCUGCUGAGGUGGAGAAACAGUUGUCUACUCAGGUCCAUUCUUUACGGGAUGAUUUCAAGGAGAAAAGCAUCUCCACCAACCAGCACAUGACACGCCUUGAGACCCUACAAGCCGAGCAAGGGCUUGAAAUAAAGAUGUUGUCAGAGCGUAAGCAGGAACUGGAGCGGCGUGUGAAGGCCAUGCUGGAGGAGAACGAGCAGCUGCAGCACACGGUGGACGAGCUGAGAGAGCGAUCGCUGGUGCUGGAGAAACAGUGUCACCAGAAGGACCUUCAGCUUCGCCAGAGUCAGCUGGAGCUGCAGGAAGUGCGUGUGUCUCACAGGCAGCUGAGCGCUCGUCUGGAGGAGCUGACGGAGGAACGCAGUCUACAGGGCUUCAGUCCGAACCCACACAGCAUCCUCUGUGAGAUCGAGCAGAGCAUGGAGCAGGAGGAGCUGGAGCAGGAGAGAGAGCAGCUCCGGCUGCAGCUGUGGGAGGCUUACUGUCAGGUGCGGUCCAUCUGCUCCCAGCUGAGAGGAAAUGACAUCACAGACUCCGCCUUAUCCACAGACUCCUCCAUGGACGAGUCUUCAGAGACGCUGUCGGCUAAAGACGUCCCGACGGGGAGUUUGCACGCUAAUCUUCUGGAGCUGCGCAGACUCACGCAAAACCUGCUGGACGGCAACGAAUCUACGGGCUCACGGCGCAGCGACGAGGAGGUUUUGGAGGAGCAGGUGCGUAAAUUGAGCGAGGAGCUGCGAGAGCUUCGAGAACUGUUCGAACAGGAGCAGGAAAAAACACGCGACAGCCAGGAAGAGGUGUUACAGCUCCAUAAUCAGGUGGCGCUGCUCUCGGUGGAAGUUUCUUCUUCACGAGAGGAGAACGAGCGCUUGAGAGCGAUGGCAGAAGUACACGAGCCCAACGAACAGUUACAGAGCGCGAUACGAGACAGAGAUGAAGCCAUUGCCAAGAAGAAAGCUGUGGAGAUGGAGCUGGCGAAGUGUAAGAUAGACAUCAUGUCUUUGAACAGUCAGCUGUUGGAUGCGAUACAGCAGAAACUCAACCUGUCUCAGCAGUUAGAAGCCUGGCAGGAUGAUAUGCACAGAGUUAUCUAUCAACAGCUGAUGGAUAAACACCAGGAGGAGUGGAAGGAUCCUCCAUACUCCUUCAACGGGUCACGAGGAGGAGCUCCAUCCAGACGAGCGCAUCGCCUCUCGGACGGAGACAAGCGCCUCUUUUCAUUCUUCAAGAAGAACUGAGAUUAUCUGAAGACAAGGAGGACGAGAGUGUGAGAACAGAUGUGAGAGAAGGGUACAACAAACGACAAAGAAAGUCUAAAUCACUACAUCAGUGGUUCUCAACUGGUUCUGAUCAUUAAAAACCAAAAUUAUAUAUUGUACAAAAGUAAAAAACAACAACAACAACAAAAAAACAGCAACUCUGAAAUGCAUUAAUUAGUCGCAUCAAUGCACAAUGAUAAAACAAAUUGAGAUUCAUGUAUUUGAAUUGCGUAUAAAUUUCCAUCCAUUUGGACACAGUUUUAACAUAUACUAUUAAAUCUAAUUCUCAGUCAAACAUAAAUGAAACCGGUUUCUGAAAAAGAUUUCUUUAAUUUUAAAAACACAGUAACCAGGCUUAUACAUUGAUCAUUAAUAAAUCAAACAUUGUUUCGAUCUCAUAACAUUUUAAUGAACUGCAUUUUGCUUGUUCAUAUUGAAUAUUAAAUACUUUUUAACUAAAUGAAUUGAAUCGCGUUUACAAUGAACAGAUGCAAUUAAAAUAACUGCAUUUUGAAAAUGAAACCAAAUAGUUGCAAAUGUUUAAUUAUAAACGAUGCUCUGCUGGUUUUGAGUGAUUUGUUUAGUUUAUUAGUUUGUUUAUAUUAAAACUGUGCAAUCCAAAUAGAUUUGUUGAUAAUACAUUUAUGAACCUGCUAUUGUGAAUUUAAAACACAUUCAGUUCAGCUGUGAUACUGGAGCACAAAACAAGUCA